AUGUCGACAUCUGACUCGCGGAAGCCACAGCAGGGGAAUAAUCAGCAGUAUCGCGCAGAAAUCACCGCGCGCACAAAUGCUGGCGAAUCGUGCAAACAGAUCGCUGAUACCUUGAACGAGGCUGGUUUCAACAUCAGCGCCAAAACAGUCUCGCGCUGGCGGAUAGACUGGGGACUGCGAAGGCGGUCUGAGAAUACUAUGGAAGGCACCGUACGACCUGCUCUGCGUGUGCCACGUCCCGAACGGGUUGCGCACCACACUCGGCCAUCGAAAACGACCAAGGUUGACAGACAUGAACUUGAGCAACUGACCCAGGAAGGUAAGACGGCCACUCAAAUCGCCGCCUUGCUAGAAGCCAAGGGCGUCGAGCUACGCGCUGGUGAGAAAACGGUCUACAGACUUCAGACCUUCUGGAACUUGAUUCCGGCUGAUCAAGCGAGGACGAAGAAACGUAGCUCGAAGAAGAAGGCGAGUGGCGAGCCGAAGGGCAAGGCCAAUGCUACGGAGCGUGAUGCACCGGCGCAGGAUUCGGAUGGGAGGGUGCUUCAUUAUCCUGCAAACUGCUCGUUUGGGCCGCAGAAGCGUGCUCGUGCUGAGAAAGGCCCGUCAGAUGUGGGGCCAGGAGCUACAGCUGAUGACGAUGAAAUGAGUGACUCUGAUAUCGACUCUGAUCUCGAGGAUGAGACGAUGCUAGAAGCUGACGACGACGGGUACCAAGCUGUUUCAGACGGAGGACAAUUCGCUAGCCAAAUGGAGCCUGUAGUGGGAGCAAACGAUGUCAUGUCAGCCGAACUCCUAGUCGACCUAGCAACAAGCUCAUUGAUAGCCGCCAAUCGUCUGAAGGAUCUUAUUCUGGCUGCGCAGAUGCGGAGGUCUGUACCCGGCAGCGGAAGCAAAGCAUUACCCACUCUGGAGGGCAUUGCUGUAGCUCGUCGAAAGGUUCGCGAGGCCGCUUCUGUGGUAAUGGAUCUAGCUUUGGGUUAA